ACCCAACAAGGAGACACACUCAUAAACAGCAGACAGACCGAGAGAGAGUCAGAAAGACACGGGAUCUCAGGGCAACAGCAGUUCAAACAGUGUGGCAGACAGAAACAGAGUUUCAUUGAGAGAAGAUGAUUUAUUAAAGGGGAGGCAAAGUCACACAGACACACUCCAACAGCAAUCACUAAUAAACAUAGAGCAGAAAGGCGAGCAGGAGCAGGCUAAAAACCUAAAUAUUCUAUCAUUAGCUUAAGAGGAAAAGUCUAAUAAGGACACACUCAGUGCACUCUUUGCCCAACAUCUCACACACAUACACUGGUGCUGAGUGUGUGCUACCCAGUCUGAGGAGCCGGGCUGAUACACCCCAACAAGUGGAGCAUCAGGGAGGAAGGAGCAAGCAAGUGGAUGGAUGCCUUUUGCAGACUCAGCGGCCUGGACCCUCUGUGGGACUGGAACCGUACGUGGUACACAGCCAACCCAGACCUGACCCAGUGUUUCCAGAAUACCGUGCUGGUGUGGGUCCCCUGUAUCUAUCUGUGGUUGCUGGCCCCUUUCUACUGUCUUCACCUCUACUGCCAUGACCGCGGACGCAUUCAAAUGUCCUGCCUCUGCACCUCCAAGAUGGCGUUGGGUUUCCUGCUGGCCUCCUUUGGCUUUGUGGAGUUCUUCUACAUCCUGCUGGAAAGGAGCCAGGAGAUCCAGCAGCACAUGGUCUUCCUACUCAGCCCUAUCAUUCGCAGUAUGACUGUGAUCUUAGCCUUAUGCAUCAUCCAGUUUGAAAGAGUUAGAGGUUGUCGUUCCUCUAUAUUCCUCUUCCUAUUCUGGGUCUUGGCUGUUGUCUGUUCCCUGGUGCCGCUCAGAGCAAAGAUCCAGCUGGCCAUGGACGAGGGCAUUGCCUCUGAUAUCGUACGAUACCUCGCCUUCUUCUCCUACUUCACAAUCCAACUGGCCCAGCUCUUCCUGUGUUGUUUUGCUGACCAGCCUCCAGAGGGGAAAACCGUGUUGGAAAAGAAUCCCUGUCCCGUCAAAGAUGCCUCUUUCCUGUCGAAGAUUCUCUUCUGGUGGUUCACUGGGCUUGUUGUGAAAGGAUAUCGCACCCCACUGGCAGCCGAGGACCUGUGGACCCUGAGGGAGGAAGACACAUCAAACAAGAUCAUCUCUGAGCUGCAAGAGGAUUGGACAGCCGAAUGUGCCAAAAUUCAAAAGCAGGAGAAGGAAUUGGCGUCGGGUGUGGCGUUGGGAAGCAGACUGCCAGACCAGGCUCAGCUGCUCAGGAAGCUGCAGAAGGAGCAGAGCUCUGGCUUCUUCCUGCUCAGGACGCUUGCACGAAAUUUCGGUCCAUACUUUCUGACUGGCACCCUGUGUAUCAUAUUCCAUGAUGCCUUCAUGUUUGCCAUACCCCAGGUGUUAAGUCUUCUUCUUGGUUUCAUGAGAGAUGAGGACGCUCCUCUGUGGAAGGGCUACUUCUACGCCACCCUAAUGUUCCUGCUGUCCUGUCUCCAGUCUCUCUUCAACCAUCAGUACAUGUACACAUGCUUCACAGUGGGAAUGAGGGUGAAGACGGCAGUUAUGGGCUUAGUGUACAGGAAGUCUUUAGUGAUAAACAGCGCUUCCAGGAGAACGUGCACUGUGGGCGAGAUCGUGAACCUGGUUUCAGCAGACACUCAGAAGCUCAUGGACUUCGUGGUCUACUUCAACGCUGUCUGGCUGGCUCCAAUUGAAAUAGCGCUUUGUCUCUUCUUCCUCUGGCAGCAUCUUGGACCAUCAGCUUUGGCGGGGAUUGCAACUGUCAUUCUCAUUUUUCCACUCAACGGAUUCAUCGCAAAGAAAAGGAGCAAGCUACAGGAGAUUCAAAUGAAGUUUAUGGAUGGCCGUAUCAGAUUAAUGAACGAGAUUCUUAACGGAAUAAAGAUCUUGAAGUUCUACGCCUGGGAAAAAGCCUUCCUGGAGCAGGUUUUGGGCCAGAGAGAAAAAGAGCUGAAAGCCCUGAAGAAGUCUCAAAUCCUCUAUUCCAUCUCCAUUGCAUCGUUCAACUCCUCUUCUUUCCUGAUUGCUUUUGCCAUGUUUGGCGUCUAUGUGACACUCGACGACAGGAACGUUCUGGAUGCACAGAAGGUUUUUGUCUCGAUGGCGCUGAUCAACAUCCUGAAGACCCCACUCAGUCAACUUCCAUUUGCUAUAAGCACGACUAUGCAGGCUGUGGUUUCACUAAGACGACUGGGAAAGUACCUGUGCUCAGAGGAACUGAAAGUGGACAAUGUCUCAAAGGCACCAUUGAGUUCUGAUGGGGAGGACGUGGCAAUAGAAAACGGCACUUUCAGCUGGUCUGCAGAGGGCCCUCCGUGUCUUAAAAGGAUUAAUGUCCACGUGCCACGAGGUUCCCUUGUUGCUGUGGUCGGCCACGUGGGCAGUGGAAAGUCCUCUUUGUUGUCUGCCAUGCUCGGUGAAACAGAGAAAAGAAGUGGCCGUGUGGCUGUUAAGGGCUCUGUUGCCUAUGUGCCUCAGCAAGCCUGGAUCCAGAAUGCCACAGUCCAAGACAACGUCAUAUUUGGCCGUGAUAAACUGAAGUCGUGGUACAAUAGAGUGCUGGAGGCCUGUGCCCUGAUGCCUGACCUGGAUAUCCUACCUGCAGGAGAUGCUACAGAAAUUGGAGAGAAGGGACUGAACCUCUCAGGUGGGCAGAAGCAGAGGGUGAGCCUGGCCAGGGCUGUCUACAGAAAGGCUGACGUAUACCUCCUGGAUGAUCCGCUGUCUGCUGUUGAUGCACAUGUGGGUCAACACAUCUUUGACAAAGUUGUUGGACCAAAAGGAGUCCUCAGAGACAAGACCCGCAUCCUGGUGACCCAUGGGAUGAGCUUCCUGCCACAAGCUGACCACAUCCUGGUCCUGGUAGAUGGAGAAAUCACAGAGAGCGGCUCAUACCAGGAGCUCCUCAGCCGCCAUGGCGCCUUUGCUGACUUCAUCCACACUUUCGCCAACACUGAGCGAAAAGAGAGCGCCAUACAAAGAGCUGGUUCCAGGCGGUCAAAUGCUCGUCUCAGCAUGGUCGACUUCAUGCCAUUCUCCAGAGACCUGUCACAGGAGCAGCUCAUUGGGGGUGACACCACUAAUACCAACCUUCAAAACAUGGAGCCUGUGUCUGAAACAGACCAGGAACAGGUACCAGAGGACCUGGGCAAACUGACUGUGGUUGACAAGGCUCGCACUGGAAGGGUGAGGUUGGACAUGUACCAGAAGUACUUCAAGACAAUCGGCUUGGCCAUCAUCAUUCCCAUCGUCUUCCUGUACGCUUUUCAGCAGGGCGCCUCACUGGCUUACAACUACUGGCUCAGCAUGUGGGCUGACGAUCCUGUUGUUAAUGGCACUCAGAUCGAUACAGACCUAAAACUGACUGUUUUUGGAGCACUGGGCUUUGUACAAGGUAUUGCCAUCUUUGGUACAACUGUGGCCAUCUCAAUCUGCGGCAUCAUCGCCUCUCGCCACUUGCACAUGGACCUUCUGAACAACGUGCUGCACUCGCCGAUGUCUUUCUUUGAGUGCACGCCCAGCGGCAACCUGCUCAACCGCUUUGCCAAAGAGAUUGACGCCAUUGACUGCAUGGUCCCCGACGGUUUGAAGAUGAUGCUGAGCUACGUUUUUAAACUCAUGGAGGUCUGCAUCAUCGUGCUGAUGGCUACACCUUUUGCCGCAGUGAUCAUCCUGCCUCUGGCCUUCCUUUACGCCUUUGUUCAGAGCUUCUACGUUGCCACAUCCUGUCAGCUGCGGAGGCUGGAAGCUGUGAGCCGCUCACCCAUCUACACUCACUUCAACGAGACGGUGCAGGGCGCCAGCGUCAUCCGGGCCUUUGGCGAGCAGACCAGGUUCAUUCAGCAGGCCAAUAAGAGGGUUGACUUCAAUCAGACAUCCUACUUCCCUCGAUUUGUGGCGACUCGGUGGCUGGCCGUGAACCUGGAGUUUGUUGGUAAUGGUGUGGUCUUAGCUGCUGCUAUUCUCUCAGUGAUGGGAAGAAGCACCCUGAGCCCAGGCAUCGUCGGUUUGGCUGUGUCACACUCCCUCCAGGUGACUGGAAUCCUUAGCUGGAUUGUGAGAUCCUGGACUGAUGUGGAAAACAACAUUGUUUCUGUGGAGAGAGUCAACGAGUAUGCUGAUACAGCUAAAGAGGCCAGUUGGAGCAUAGAGGGCAGCUCCUUACCCCCAGCCUGGCCCCAAAGAGGCACUCUAGAGUUCCAGGACUACGGGCUGCAGUAUCGCAAAGGCCUUGAGUUGGCUCUGAAGGGAAUUACCUUGCAGAUUCAUGAAAGAGAGAGAGUUGGAAUUGUGGGUAGAACCGGAGCAGGAAAGUCCUCACUUGCCUUGGGAAUCUUCAGGAUCUUAGAGGCAGCAAAGGGAAAGAUCUUUAUCGAUGGAGUCAACAUCGCAGACAUUGGACUCCAUGACCUCAGAUCCCGCAUUACAAUCAUCCCUCAGGACCCCGUGCUGUUCUCCGGCUCCCUCCGCAUGAACCUUGACCCCUUUGACACCUACACUGAUGAGGAGGUGUGGCGUUCUCUGGAGCUCGCUCAUCUGAAAAACUUUGUGUCUAAUCUUCCUGACAAACUGAACCACGAAUGCUCAGAGGGAGGAGAAAACCUCAGUCUGGGUCAGCGACAGCUGGUUUGCCUGGCCAGGGCCUUGCUGAGGAAAACCAAGAUCCUGGUUUUGGAUGAGGCUACAGCUGCUGUGGACCUGGAGACAGACACACUCAUCCAGUCAACCAUUCGCACACAGUUUGAAGACUGCACUGUCUUGACCAUUGCUCACCGCCUUAACACUAUCAUGGACUACACCAGAGUGAUCGUCAUGGACAGAGGCCACAUUUCUGAAAUGGACUCUCCGGCCAACCUCAUUGCACAGAGGGGACAGUUCUAUCGGAUGUGCCGGGAAGCUGGGCUGGUCUAGGUCACCUUUGUGCUUCGUACCUCGGAGCUGGUGUCCUGUAUACAUGUGGCACCUUAUUUGUGUGGCUUUCACACACACGUUCAAUCUCGCCAUUCCAAGCUUUGUGGCAGCUCAAACGCCUCUCCAUGAGGGCAUUGUCAAUGAAUCUACAGAGCAGCUGCAGUUGCAGCCCCUUUACAUUGGUUUUCAACACACAGAUAUGCUGUUCUUAACCUCAGACGAUGAAGAUUCAAAAGAAAGCGACAGUGGACGGUUGAGAAUCUUAAAACUUUAACGAUUGUAUAUAGAGAAGUUGAGUCCAUUUAUUUCAUUAAAGGAUUUAGCCAGGAGCUGGAAUGAAAGAGCCACACAUCUUAAAGAUGUCCAUUCUCUUUUUGAAUGGGAGCUAUAUUAUUUUUGUAGUUUUUUGUAAGUUUAAUGAAGCACAUGACAUAUUAUUGAUGUUGUCUCAGGCUUUAAUUUUGAUGUUUACUCUUAAGCCUUGUGUACCAAAAAGGGGAAAUUUUGUAAUUGUAAAUUGAUUGAAAUCAAUUUUGUCUUCUUGUCCCAGAAACUGGGACAAAAAAUAGUUUGACACACUAACCUUUAAAAGGUUCACCCCUGGCAAACACAGGGAAAGUGAGGUUUUCACUGCUUUAAAAAUCAGAGCUUGAGGGAGCCAAUACGAAGUUUUUAUAAGUCAGGGAAAUGAGGGAAACGUUGAAGUGAGCCAAGACACUAGCAGCUGUCCAACUAUAGUGUGGUUGUUGUUUAUUUCUGUCAAAGUCAAGUCAAUGGAGCCUUGCUGGUUAGAUUUAACCUGACACCGGUAGUGAAAGCCACAAUGAAUGAAGAGAAUGCCUCUUCAAAACAAUGGAGAUAAAUCUCUCAGUGAUUGUCUCUCGGCCUCCACCGCACAACUGAGACCAUACACACAUAAGGAGAUAAAAAAAGUAUCUUUUUUUUUUUUUGGUGCUGACAUAACAGACUGUAAAUAGUCCACGAUGAACUUUACUCUCAAUUCGAAGGAAGAACCCAAUGAACUUUCAAAGAGAAGAGGCAUUUCCUGUUUUUUUGUCUUACUGGUUUAGACAAUAUAUAUUCAAAGAAAAACCUGAAAGUUUAUUUAUGUUAUGUGACAAAAUGUAUUAAGUGUCCUUAGAAAUAAAGGGAUUGUUUUAUAUUUAUACUUUUUAUAACAAGCUUGUUCAUUUUUCAUUGACCAUUUAUUAUUGAUGUACUGUCUUGAUAGAUUCCUCAUGCUGGAUAAUAAAAUGUAUCAGAAACUACUGUGUGGUUAUGUUUUCAUUUAAGGUCAUGAUGAGCAAUAUGAUCUGUAAAAAAUAAAAUCAUCUUAAUAAAUAGUCAUGAUCCUGUUGGGAAA